AUGAAGUCUAGUUUCCUCUUGUUGCUCGCUUUAGGUGCCCUUUACGGCAACAAUGAAGCGAUGUGCACAACUGGACAGACGUUGUCAUCUGAAGGAUCCGGUCAUUCGUCAUCCAGUUCCAGUGUCUCUGCAACCGCAGGGGGAAAUCCAGGAUCGUCCGAAUCCGGGACACAAAAUUCUCCAGGAUCAGAUUCUCCACAAAACGGGCAAACAUCAAAUCAACAUGGGGAUGGAACCCAUAACACCAGCCCCACCCUACCCACUUCCCAGGAAAGCGUUUCUGGCAGUUCCUCAGGAAAUAGCAGUGGACAGGAUGCUGCGGCUCAACUUCAAGCCAUCCCCCAGAAAGCCCAGCUGCAGUCCGCACUUCUGAAGAACUUCAAGGGGGUGAAGGUUACGGGCCCCUGCGACACAGAGGUCGGGCUGUUCCUCAUUCCUCACAUCUACAUUUUUGUGAAUGCUGCAGCGGACACCAUAGAACUGUCCACCAAGUUCCCCAACUCGGACAACUUUCCUGUAGAAUUUAAAAAGGAAGGCGAAGAGUUGAUUAACAAGUGUGAAAAGAGCUCUGGAGAUAGCUCUAUAAAUAGCCCGCAAAAGACGUUUAAGUUUAUAGUCCACCUCGAGGACAACAUAUUGACCCUCAAGUGGAUCGUCUAUCCUACAAGUGACGGUGAAAAUAAGAAUAAAGCUGACGUGAGGAAGUACAGAUUGCCGAAACUGGAAACACCUGUAACCUCAAUCCAAGUCCAUCAAGGCAUAGUCCAUGAAGGAACCACCGUUUAUACGAGCAAGGAUUAUUCAUUAAAGAAUGACAUUCCAGAAAUGUGCCAAGCAUAUAUCAGUUCCUGUUUCUUGAGUGGAAACACAGACAUCGAAAGCUGCUACACUUGCAAUUUGCUAAUCCAUAAUGAAAACACAAAUGACAAAUGUUUCGACUACGUAUCGGCAGAUUUUAAGAAGGAAUUUCUAGACAUUAAAGUGAAGGGGCAGGACGAUGAGGAGUCCAGCGAAUACAAAGUUGCGCAGGCCAUCGAUGCCGUGCUGAAUGGGGUAUACAAAACAGACCCAAAUGGAAAGAAAGAGCUAAUCACAUCGGAAGAAUUAGACGCAAAUGUGAAGGAGCAGAUAGGUAAGUAUUGUCAUGUAUUAAAAGAAGUAGAUACCACUGGUACUCUGGAAGUGCAUCAGAUGGGAAACGAAAUAGACGUCUUCAACAAUCUCGUCAAAUUGCUACAAAAACACGGGGAGGAGAAAAAGUCAACCCUGGAAUGGAAGCUACAAAACCCAGCUCUCUGCCUCAAAAAUGUAAACGACUGGGUCGUGAACAAGAUGGGAUUAGUGUUCCCUCAUUUGCAAAAUGGUGAUAACGAUAUCUACUUUGGCGAUAGUAACGACGUGGAAGAUGAGCAGAAAUGUAAACUCUCAACUUACGAGGAAGGGGCUGACGGAAUUAUCGAUUUAUCCGUCGUGCACAAAAACGCACACGCUUCAUCCACUCCGUUCUCCAAUAACAUGUUUUGCAAUGGGCACUAUUGCGAUAGGACGAAGGACACAAACAGCUGCAUGGCGAAGAUUGAGGUAGGGGAUCAGGGUAUGUGCACCACGUCCUGGGUUUUCGCCUCGAAGGUACACCUAGAAACGAUCAAGUGCAUGAAGGGGUACGAACAUAAGGUGCUCUCUCUGUGUGGAGAUGAGACACCCGACAUCGCUGUCAACAUAAUAGGCUAUGGUAACUACAUAAACGGGGAUGGAGUGAAGAAGUCCUACUGGUUGCUACGUAACAGCUGGGGAAAGCACUGGGGAGACAAGGGCAACUUUAAGGUGGACAUGCAUGGACCGGAUCAUUGCCACCACAACUUCAUUCACACCGCUGCCGUCUUCAACCUAGACGUGUCCCCCUUCCAGUCACCCGCGAAGGAGGCCAAAUUGUAUAACUAUUAUUUGAAGAGCUCCCCCGAUUUUUACAAGAAUCUCUAUUAUAACGCAUUGGGUGAACAAAAGGGCAAAGCGCCGAGUCACGCCGUUCAGGGGCAGGACGCUACUCAGGUAACACCGGCGCCCGUAGGAGGAGGAGAUUCUGUAUCGGCAGCUCAAGGAGGACAGCAACCUCAGUCACAAGUACCACCCGUAGCGAACACAGGUCUGAAUGGAUCAUCGGAGCAAGUACCAGCACAACAACAACAAGUGGAUGUAGCAGGUCAACCGUUACCAGCGCAACAAGCAGCACCGGGAGAGGAUUCCACUACACCCGCUGCAGACUCAACAGAGGAGACGGAAUCAAGUGCAGAAGAGGAAAAUCCGAAAAUGUCCCAAAUUGUUCACGUUUUGAAACACAUUAAGCAGACCAAAAUGGUGACAAGAAUAGUCACCUACGAGGGGGACUACGAAUUCGGAGACCACACCUGUUCACGAACCGAAGCAACAACCUUGGACAAGCUGGACGAGUGCAUACGUUUUUGCAAUGAAAAUUUGUCCAUGUGCGAGAGAACGGUUUCACCAGGGUAUUGUUUAACCAAGCUGCGAAAAGCGAACGAUUGCAUUUUCUGUGCCGUGUGA